AUGUUGUCGCCGGUGGCCGCAAGAGCUGUCAGUGGCCGCUACUCCUCCAGCGGCCUAGAUGAUAUCUGGGCAACACACAGUCGUCAGAGUGAUGAAGAACAGCAAGGCUCGCCAGACGAAAAGCAAGCUUAUUCGGGGCGCUACCUGUUCUGGUGCAUCCUUGGCUACUCAUUAAGCUUCAUCGUUUUCGGGUCCCAAGUCAGCAUUUUAGGGCCUACAAUAGCCGCUCUUGCAGAACGGCUACACGUUGAUGAGCCAGACCUCAGCCCGUUGUUCACCGCGUUGGGCGUCAGCUGCAUCGUCAGCGGCACGCCAUCAGGAUGGCUCGUGGACCGCGUGCCCACGCAUCAUGUACUUGCAGGAUCCCUCCUAGUUGAAGCGGUUGGUUUCUCUCUCGUGCCGCUGAUGCCUUCAGUUUGGUCGUUAACAGCGCUUUACUUUGUAGUUUGUUUCUCGUACAACUUCACUAACUCGGCGGUUUUUACCAGCUUGGCCUGGCUGUUCCCCAAACGGGCUGGUCCCGGCAUCAACUUGGUGCUGGCCAUGUUCGGGCUGGGCUCCUUCUUCAUACCGCUGGCUGCUCAGACGGCCAUCGGCAACUGGCUGUUCACCUUCUCCCUGCGGGAGGUCCACUCCACGGACGCCAAUGCGGCGCUGGCUAACAGCGCCUUUUGGGGGGCGUUCACGGCGGGUCGUGUGAUCGGGGCCGCCAUCUCCCACGCCACCAGUCCCCUGGUUUUGCUUCUGGGCUCCGUGCCCUUCUCCAUCCUGGGCUGUCUGCUGCCGCUGGUGGGCGGCCGAGAGCGGCUGUCACAGAGUGUGAUAAUGGCCAUGGCGGUGUUGACGGGUCUGGGUAACUCAACCGGUUACGCCAACGCGGUGGCUCUCCUGGAGCGCUACGUGCCCGUGACAGGGUUUAUCAACGGGGUAUUCGGGGCGGUGGCGGGGGGGGCGUGCAUGUUCGGACCCGUGAUGGUGGCGGCCAUGGCCAAGUACACCAGCCUGAGGUACAUGGCCAUGCCAUGGGUGGGUUUGGUGCUGUACGGCCUGCACCUCCCCGCCAUCCUCAUUGCCUCACUGGCUGGCGCCAAGCUGCUUUCACUGCCCAUGGAACCCGAGCAGGAGCCUUUCCUCAGUCCGGAAGGACCCACCAUCACCACCGUUACCACGGCCACCAUCACCACAGCCAGCUCUGCUGGGGGGGCAGGAGGGCCGCCUGGGGGCCAGACGGCGGCAGAGAUAGGGACGGGGACGGGGACGGGGACGGGGAGGGGCCCUGCUGGGCAACAAGGGCAGCAGGGGGAAGGUAGUGGAAGCCAAAGGAAAUGUCCGGACCAGGAGUCGUCGGAAAAGAGCUUCGUUUCGAGUCCGAGACCUGUCCUGAUGGCCGAAACAGCCAUCGCGCUGGCAGAAACAGGUAAAACGUACGAGGUUGCAUCAUACACCUUUUUUGCACAAAUAGGAUCAGCCUGCAAGCUUCGGCGAGGCCUGCAGGCCGUGAGAUGUGGGAUGUUUACGGAGAGGGUAAUAGUAUACGACGCCCGUGUGCUUUGA